AUGAAUAUGGAAAACAUCACCUUUGUGACUAAGUUUAUCCUUGUGGGACUAUCAGAAGAAGCAGAACUACAGCUUCCCCUCUUUCUUGUGUUCUUAGGGAUCUACGUGUUCACUGUGGUGGGCAACAUGGGUUUGACUAUCUUAAUUGUACUGAAUUCCAGCCUUCACACUCCAAUGUACUUUUUCCUCUUCAACUUGUCCAUUAUAGAUUUCUGUUAUUCUAGUGUGUUUACUCCCAAAAUGCUACAUGGUUUUGUGUCUGACAAUACUAUCUCUUAUGUUGGGUGCAUGACUCAAUUAUUUUUAUUCUGCUUCUUUGUCAGCUCUGAAUGCUAUGUGUUGGUCUCAAUGGCUUAUGAUCGCUAUGUGGCCAUCUGCAAUCCUCUGCUGUACACAGUCACGAUGUCUCCUCAGGUGUGCUGUUUGCUAAUGGUUGGCUCAUAUGUGAUAGGAUUUGCAGGUGCCAUGGUCCUCACAGGGAACAUGUUGAGACUGACCUUCUGUGAUUCUAAUGUCAUUGACCAUUAUCUUUGUGAAAUCCUUCCCCUUUUGGAAAUCUCUUGCACCAAUACCUAUGUCAAUAAGCUGGUAUUUUUCCUUGUUGUUGGAGUGGUUAUCACAGGGUCCAGUAGCAGCAUCUUUGUUUCUUAUGCUUUGAUUCUUUCCAACAUCCUUCGGAUUCCUUCUGCUGCGGGCAGAUCCAAAGCCUUUAACACAUGCGGUUCCCACAUAGUUGCUCUUGCUCUCUUUUUUGGGUCAGGAGCAUUUGCUUAUUUAACCACCAGUUUUUCUGGUUCUGUGGGUCAGGGAAAGUUAGCUUCAAUAUUUUAUACUAAUGUAGUUCCCAUGCUUAAUCCUUUGAUCUACAGUUUGAGGAAUAAGGAUGUUAAACUUACCCUGGAUAAAAUUCUGAAAAGAGUGCUCUUGUAA